AUAAACGAGAGGUCAGAAUAAUUCAGAAUCCCAACUCGCAGCCAUGGCUGUGACUUCAACUUCCACUACAUCUUCUUUCCACUCCAAUCCCAAAUCCUUCUUCCUCUAUAGCCUGAUUUCGCCUCCUAAGCUCCUUCACCGGCAAUUCCAUGGUUCCGUCGGCCGCCGCCGGCAUCCGACUUCGACGGGAGUGCUGUCCGUUAGGGCUUACAUGGAGAAUCCGAACUCUCUGUCGGGAUUUGCGAAUAAGGUGAUCGGUUCUCUGCCGGUAGUCGGACUGAUCGCGAGGAUUCUGAGCGACGAAGGCGGCGUCGGCAGCGACAUUAUCGAUUUCGCGGAGUUUCGGAGACGAGUUGGGAAGAAAUGUACGAUUAUGGAUUCUAAAGCCUUCUAUGACUUUCAAGAACGGAGGGGCAAGCCAGGAGAGCCUUUGUUCGUUCUAUUGUGCUGUUGGCUGGCAGCUGUGGGAGCUGGUUUGCUUAAAUCAGAGGAGAUUUUGGAAGGAGUAGCAAGGCUUAGGAUUUCAGAUGAUAUUGAAUUUGAAGAGGAGACUUUCCUUGCUAUGAUGAACGAGGCUAGAGAGAAACGAGAGAAACUAAAAGUUGCUGUUCCGAAAAUACCAAUGGAGGUUCGAGUUGAGAAAGCUCUCGAUGCCAUUUAUGUUUGUUCAUUUGGAAGAGAUCCAAUAGAGGAAGAUGAUGAGAAACUCCUAGUGAUUAUGCUGAGUUCUGUUUUUCCAACUGUUGGGCAAUCUGAGAUUCAAAGGAUUGUUAAAGAAAAGGCUGUUAGAAUUGCUGAAGGAAAGGACAUUGCCAUUGUUCCUGAGCCACAACCUUUGUCAAAAGAAGCUAUUUUAGCUCAAAUGAAAGACCUCCAAUUCCUUCGAGAGAAUAGUGAGACAUGAGUGAUAAAUUUGUUAGUUAUAUCGACCUCUAAAAUUUGUAAGUGUUGAUUCUUCUCCUCCACCGUUCUCUUGUUUAGAAAAUAUUGGCUAUUCACACGAGACAACUACCUAAUCCUACUACAUUUAGUUUAGCUGUCGAGUUUCCAAUUUGUUUAA